AUGGCAUCAGCCACCUGGGAUGGUCAUGAUCAUCACAUGGCCGCCGGUCCCGAUGAUGACUUCCAACAUUUUCUCGACAUGUCCACCAUUGGCGAUGGCAUGCAGUUCGACUUCAACGGCUUCCCAGAUGGCGCCGAGGCACAGGCGAUGAUGAAUCGCCAACGGAAUCCUCCUGAUGCCAUCAUGAACGAUGCCGGCGCUUCGUCCAUGAUGCCACAGGGAGCCGGAAUGAUGCAUGGCCAACCCGCUCAAAUCAACCCGUCUGGCCCUCCGCACACUUCUGCCGCCGCGCAGAUGAUCCCAACGACUGCGCCGGCCUCGGACUCCAUCUCCAGUAUCGACGCCCAGAUCCAGUACCUGCAGCAGCAGAAGUUCCAGCAACAGCAACGACAGAUCCAAGAGCAGCGAAACGCUUUCUUUGCGAGCCAGAACCAUUCUGUCCCACCGACCCCUCAGAGCAUUGAGAUGCCUCCCGGGAGCGGUAACUUUUACACACAAGAGCAAAUGUCGCAUGAGGUGUAUGAUGGGGGCUAUCAUCAGCAGCAACGAAUGAAGGAGCGACAAGAUAUGGCAUUUACGCCGCUUGUAUCACCGGCCGUCACCCCGCUGGAAACACACUACAUGGAGAACAACUUCACCGCGUACUUUAGCCCUCUGACAUCACCAGCCCUGCACGCCCAAAACGACUCCUCGUCUAUCUACGACCCCAGCACCCAGUCGAAUAACUCUCCCAUUGAGAUGGACCUCGAGAUGUCACAGGCCCCCGCUGUAGUACCCAUGGAACUGUCCAAGAAAGCAAGGGAAAACAAUGCCGCCAAGACGAGGAGUAGGGCUGGGGGGGUUAGAAACUCGCCCAUCUCGAAACCACUGCGGCGCAAGACCGGCCCUAGCCCGGCCAUCGUAUCGCAAGUUCUCAGUGAAGUGGAUGAACGGAGCCAACUAAAUAAAAUGGAACCUAUGUUGCCGCUCCCAGUGAGCUCAGCCGAAAUGUCGGAAGAGAAUGCCUCAGUGUCCCCCGAGAACCUCACGGAGAUGCCCCCUCCUCCAGUCCCAACAAGGCGAUCCAUGAGUAAAUCACCAUACAUCCAGGCUCAAAAUGGCAGCGCCCCGACCUCGGCACCAUCCAGCACGACAACGGUUCCUGCACCGCGGUCCUCUGUUACCAACUCUCCCCAAGCUGGAGCAGACCAACCCCAUCCAGCUACACCUGCUUCGCUCAUGAGACUUGCCGGAUCCAAGGCCAAGAAGGGAUCGUCUCACCUCAAUGAGCAGGUACAUACUGACAACAUCGAGACCCUGGAGUUGCCCGAGUCGGUUGCCAAGAAGCAGUUCCCAACCAUCAACACCGAGGCAGCAGCCAAGGAUGCACCGUAUCCUGACCCGGGCUCUGCUAACCGCUCUUCCUUCCAGCCACUCCCUUCUCCAGUCUUCACACGCCCCGGUACCACAUCUGCGAACCAGAGUCCUCUGAUCGGGCCAGGAUCAACUGGACCAGCUCCUCGAAAGACCCCGCAACUUGCUCCUCGGGCCAGCAGGAAACGAUCGACCAGUUCAGUCCACGUCUCUCCCGCCCUAUUGCCAAGAAUAUCACCCAACAUCAAACCGUUAUUACCUGGAACUCCCGGCGAAUCGGCCGAGGAUACUGCCUCACGCCUGCUCAUGUCUAAAUCGAACUACCAGAACAUCUUGGAAGGAAACACGGUUCCUGGCGUUUCAUACCCAAGCGAACUUUCAACGAACCUGACGUCAAAGCGCACAUCACACAAGAUCGCCGAGCAAGGUCGCAGAAAUCGUAUCAACUCGGCCCUUCAGAUCAUGGCAGGCCUCCUACCUGAUCAGAAGGGAUGUUCUGGAGAAGACAGUGACAAGAAAGACAGCAAACAGGCCAACGCCGCCAACAGCAAAGCUAGUGUGGUCGAGAAGGCUAUUGUACAUAUGCAGAACUUGAGCAAGGAAAACGUGGAUCUGAAGGAGGAACUCCAGGAUCUGAGAACCCAGCUCGAGAAGCUAAAAGCCAAGCAAUGA